GUGGUUGCCGCUCGAAAAUACAACAGUGGCUUAUACAAAUAAUUUUUUUUCAUGCGAAUGUGUGUGUCGUGCAUUUCGUACGCACUAAACUGCAUAGGCUUAUCAAGACAGUCACCCGGGUGCUGAAUUGUGAAGUUUACGGUGCAUGGAUGGGAUUUGUCUGCUCAUUUCACAUGGACCAACAGAUACUGUAGUCAUAACCAACACAAUGGCUUCGGUACCUGCUCUUUCUGUCUCCACUGUCGUCUUGCUGUUCCCUGUUUUUGCCAGUUUGGCUUUUUUCACAGUCGCGACAGACGGAGAGGUGGAUAACUUAAAAGAUGGGGCACACCAGAGGUACGUGCCAGUUGAAGAGUAUAUCCCACACUGGGUCGAGGCACCGUCCUCUCUGGCCGACUACCCACUGCGCAGCAAUCGCACCGUGGUCGACCCCUGGGUGUACACGGACCGCCUGGGGCUAUACAAGAUACUCCUACGCGCCACCUCGGGGGACCCGACGCUGGGAAGAGCCAAUAACACGGCCAACAUCCUUUGGGGACUCCCCGUGCAGCACGGGUGGCAGUUCAAAUCCGGCCGUUUGAUGGACUUCCCAAACGGGACCCGUUGCAGCCACACGAGGAGGGGUAGCUCGUGGAAUUGCAUCUCUCCCUUCAGCUGGUGGGCCAGCAUGAACUACUACCUGUCCGUGUUGCCGUUCCUUGGCGCCGUGAAAGCUGGUUUGUUCUCCGAUUGGCCCCACGAGAUCGAGAUCCUAGCUUCGCUGCAUCAUCCACAGGACUACUGCACCAGCUUGGAGAGCUGCACCACUCGAUUCUCAUCCGUGGUGGACGACUGGGAAGACUUCUUCGAUAUUCUGAAGUAUCGCUCGAGCUGGUCGGAUCCACACUUCCAAAGCAUCACAGGAAGGGAUGGAGAUAGUUUCCCUCCUGUUCCAUUCCCGACACUUAGCCCAAGAGAGCAGGACAUCAUCGCCCAGCUCUGGGUGGCUCACACCAACUCCUUAGAGACCGCCCUACCGCUGUUCAGUGCCUCCCUACUGCCGCUCAUGUCUGAGCCGGAGCAGAAAUUCGGCCUGAGCUGGGCGAACCUAAUCAGCUACAUCGCUGCCGUCGAUUUCGUCACCGAUCUCAACACCACGGUCGGCUUUCAAUUGAAGUGUCUACCUCAGCGUGUUCUUCACCAAGGGGAUCGACCGCCGAAGAUACCUGACUUUUCCUGGAACGUCAAUAAGGCACUGCUUAUACUCGAAACCGCCCAAGACAUUGACCGAUCAACAGGUGACGCGCUGAAGCAUGCGUGGCAAGCCCUGAUGUGCUCGCCAGCCAGUCAGGCGAGAGGGCGCUACAUGAUGGCUAACCCAACUCUGUUAGCCACCUUAUGGAAUAUCGUCACUCUCUUAUGGUUAUACAUCACAGAAUGCCUGUAACAGAUAUCAACAACGUAAACUAUGU